UUAACUGGUGGCGGCAACGUAAUUUAAACAAUUAACAACUGCUAGCGAGCGUUUUGGUUGGUGGUACCUAUUAUCGUAAGAUUUUUCCAUAAAAGACAAAUAAAUAAGAAAUAAAGACAACUUAACAUGGCUUCUACUGCAGUACCACCAUCCGCUCCACCACCUCCACCAGCUGCUCCAGCUAAAGUAGGAUUCCCUUCAAAAGUUUACAAUGGUUUAAUUGGUGCCGUUGACAAGCAUGUGCCUGCAAAAUUACGUCCUUUAUGGAAUCAUCCUGCUGGUCCCAAAACUGUUUUCUUUUGGUCACCUAUGUUCAAAUGGGGUCUUGUUAUAGCCGGUUUAAGUGAUUUGGCUCGUCCCGCCGAAACAUUGUCUGUUUCACAAUGUGGUGCCUUAGCUGCGACUGGUAUUAUUUGGUCGCGUUAUUCGUUAGUGAUUACCCCCAAAAAUUGGAGUUUAUUUUCGGUGAAUUUAUUUGUGGGUCUUGUACAGUCUGUACAAUUGGGACGUGCCUAUUUGUAUCAAAAGGAAAAAUCUGAAAAAGAAGCAGCGGCCGCCUUAGAAGCAGCUAAAAAAUAAAUUAGGAAAAUUUUAUUUCUUAUAAUCAAUACGGAAUUUAGUUUGUAUGUAGUCAAACGAGUCGAGGUGCUAAAAAGUAAAUGAAUUUCUUAAAGUGAUAUUUUAAAUAUUUACAUUAGAAAACACGUUUUUAUCUCUCCUCAACAAACAUUUGUUAAAUUAAUAACAAAUAGCACAAUUUUUUUAAUAUAAAAAACCACUAAUAUUUAAGUUAACAAUUAGAUAUUAAUUACUAUCCCAAUUUUUUUGUUCUUUUUGUAUUUUUUUUUAAAUAUUUUUUUUUUAUUUUCACCAAAAGAUGUCUCUAUUGACCAUUCUUGUUCAAAGAUUUAUACUUCCAUAUAUUUGUUUAUAUAAAGGGAGAGACUUUUUUGGGGUUACAAAUCGAUAAUAAGUGUAAAGAUGUAGGCUAAAAAUUAACAAAAUAUUUUAGAAACAAUACAAUUGUGUUUAAAAUAAAGGCUGUAAAAAGAUUAAGCAAAAUAUAUACAAA